GCCAGACAAAAGGCGAUCUGUACACCGCUCGCUGUACCGCCCGAACUGAGCCGAGCGCCGAGCGCUGGAGGAGGCCACAGAGGCCGUGCUGGAGGAGCGACAACGACGACGACGACGAUGCCGUCUCUCAAAGUUACGCACGCCGUAGUCUGCCGUGUCCCAGAGUCGUGGUCCUCGGACGCAGCCCAGCUCGAGGCUGCUCGUCGUCAGCACGAGGCAUACGUCCGUCUGCUGCGCGAGCUGGGACUGGACGUGGUCGAGCUGCCCCCGGACGAGGCGUUACCCUGCUGCCCUCUCACCGAGGACGCCGCCGUGGUUUGCAACGGUUCCGCCCUCAUCACCAGGCCCGCUACGGCCAGGGCAAAGGAGAUAGAAACCAUACGAGCAGUUCUCAAGAAAGAGUUGGAUUUACCAAUCAUAGAAAUUGCUGAUGAAAAUGCUAAGUUAGAAGGAGGCGAUGUUCUUUUCACUGGUCGUGAAUUUUUUGUUGGGAUAUCAGACUUUACUAAUGAGGCUGGAGCACGUGCUGUGGCAGCGGCUUUUCCAGAAUUCCCUUGCACCCCAGUAAAGGUGUCUGGUAGCACUCAUCUUAAAUGUUUGGUUUCAAUGGCUGGACCAGAGUUAAUGUGUAUAAGCUCUGGCAAACACUCCCAGGAAGUUUUGAAGAGAAUUGAAAGAGAAGCAACAUACAGCUAUCAAACAUUGACUGUUCCUGAAGACAAAGCUGCCAACGUCAUGUAUUUAAAUGGCACACUCAUCCAUAGUUCUGAAGAUGAAAUACCUGAAUCUUCUAAGGUGUUCUCAGAACGGAUUGACUAUUCAAGAAAGGCAGUGAAUGUGAAUGCCUUGACAAGUAAAGGGAAUGGUCUCAGUUCUUGCUGUCUACUUUUGAGACGUUCAAGACACAUUCGCAGCCUUUAAGAGAAAUGAUGAUAUCAGAAUUUGUAUGCUGUUUAAACUAAGAGGGAAAUGUGCUUUGAAUUUUCUGUUUUUAUUUUUUAACUUUGAUUAUAGAAUUAAAUUACUUAAAACAAAAUUUGUGAAAAUGUCAAAUUUAAUUUUUCAAUUUUAGCCAUAAAGUUUAACUCAUCAGUAUUAUAACUUUUGAAGCCUCCUUUCUUAGUUUCUGUAGUUAUGUUUUUUAUUUAUAUAUGUACAUAUGUAUUUUUGUUAGUUUGUUUUUGAAAUGUGUGUCCCAUAAUUUCGAAUGGCUGCUAAAUUGGGGUACAGUGAGGAUUCUGAUUCAUUCUGCCAAGGAGAUGAUCGUAAAUGUAACCUUAAAAGCAAAUUAUUCAAUCUUUUUGUCAUCAGAAAUUAUAUAGCAAUUUUCAUCAGCUUCUUAGUAGGUGCUCUUCUACUUUUUUUUUUUAUUCAACUAUGUGUUGAUUUUUCUCACAUUUUAUUUGCCUUGUUCAAAUUAGGAGAAUGAAGCUAUGUGUGCUUUGUGUUAUUUAUGAUCUUUUAUGGCUUAUGCCUGAUAGACUGAAUAAUCUGUGUAGUUAGACUUGAAAUACCUGUUAGGUUGUUAAUUAUUGUUUUUGUUUAAUACCGUUUAAUACUCAUUUAUAACCGAUCCAUUCUGAUCGGUUCUUAUCAUGCCUCACUGUCAGUGUUGGUCACCUUUCAUAUUUAUGUUAAUUCUUUCAUCCCAUCAUGAAGUUUAUUUUUGCAUUAUUCUACCCACCACUCUCUUGGUAUAAGAUUGACAGCAACCUUGCUCGUUGCAUUUAAGUAACAGUAUUAUGCUACCUGUAUUGAUGCGUUGGCUAUAGAAUUUGUUACAAUUUUGCAUGUUUGCAUAGUCCUCAAAGCAAUCUGAAUUUAUAUUUUCUAUAUUUUUUUUGCUCCAUGAAAACCACAGUAUUAUGUUUUGUGAAUUGAACAGAUUUUGUUGCCUGAGGCCCUUUUAAAUAAGUAGAAUUUCAUGAUGCUGAACAUCAAGCACAUAUCUAUGUCUUACAAGUAACUUCAUCACUACUUUGUUGAGAAAUAAGUAAAAACCAUGUUCCACAA